AUGACUUCUGCUGCUUCCUUGUCCAUCUAUAACAAUCUACUGAGCUCCAACAAUUACACAAAAAUCUCCUUAGAUACUCUCACCCCAUCCUACAAAAACGAUGAAUCCAUUCAAAUUGAUAAAGUAGUAAACGAUUUCCCAACAUCUGUUGUCUCUGAUUACACAAAUGACGAGUUCUCUCUUAUUGGUUAUGGCUCCAGAUCUGUCACUUUUAUAAACUUCAAAGUCUAUUGUCUAGCAAUUUAUAUCUCAAACUCAGAUUUACAUCUAGUAUCUCAAAUUUUAAAUUCAAAUUACCUAUCAAAGACAUUUAUUGAUGGUUCGAAAAACCCUUCGAAUAGCCAUAAAGAAAACUUAUUGCUUGCUUUGAAAGAUCCCAAAACUUCUCAAGUUUUAAUCGAUAAUCUUUUAAAUUCUGGUGUAAAAUUCUUGGUUAGAAUUGUUCCUACUAGAAAUACAGAUUUUAAUCACUUAAAGGAUGGUUUCGUUAAAACUUGUUUAAGAAACGAAUUAAAUAAAAAAUACCCUGAAGAAAUGUCAAAGGGAAUCGAUGAAGUAAGAACUGUCUUUCAAGGUUAUAGAUCAAAAUGCCCAAAAAAUCACAACUUGAUUGUCGAAAGCUUGGAUGGUGGUAAAUUGGCCUUUACUUAUCAAAAACUAGACAAAAAAAAUAAAAAAAUCAUCAAAACUGUUAAAAUGGGUGUCGUAAAUGAACCUUUAAUCAGUAAAGCUGUUUUAUUGAAUUAUAUGUCUGGUGAUGCUCCAAUUAGUGAAGAAGCAAGACAAAAAUGUAUUGAGGAAAUUUCAAGACUCGCCUAA